UACUUGCUAGAUUCCGGGCGGGAAGGCCAACGUCGGCCGGUGUGUUGAGUGGUCUCCCCCUAGCCGUCUACCUUUCUCCCGUCUUCCAGCCUUCAGUCUUUUUGUUAGUCAAGAUGAGUGAUAAGCCAGACUUGUCUGAGGUGGAGAAGUUUGACAGAUCAAAACUGAAGAAAACUAAUACUGAAGAAAAAAAUACUCUCCCCUCAAAGGAAACUAUCCAGCAGGAGAAAGAGUGUGUUCAAACAUUGUAAAAUGAGGAUCUUCUCCUAAGAGCAAAUUUCAACAUUGCCUGAGUGUCUUAGUUUUGUGCUUUUUUUUUUUGGUAAACCUUUGUGUUGUAGAGAUUUUAGGCAUCUUCUGAUGUCUUCUCACCCAUACUUCCUAGCUAAGAGGUCAGGGGUAACCAGUGUUGCCUCACCCACAUUUUAAACGUUUUCAUUGGUGCAUAAAUUCCAGCUGACAGGUGCUGUCAAUAAUCUCACAUUGAUGACCUUGAAUCCCUCAUAGGAUAAGCCACUUGUAACCAUCUACAAUGGAUGUCUUCAUUGCUCCACAAUCUUCAUGAAGUGGCAUGUUUUUGCAGCUUCUCACAGUUUGGUUUCAUAUCUAAUGUAGCAAUAAAAUAAUGCAUAU